GCGGUCUGCACAGGCGCAGACUGAGUCUUAAGGGCGCGUUGCACAGCCCCUUGCUUUCACUGAGGGUGGUGUUGCGAGCCAAGAGAUCCAGAGAUCCUGGUGGGGAUCAAGUGAGAGACAGACCCAAGUUCUUUUUCCAGCGAGGAGCAGCCUUACUCUCAGUGCUUCUGACAGGCCUGAGCUUUGGGAAAGGACUGAUGGCUUCCAGCAUAGGUUGGAAAUGCACGGGCUUCCUGAAGGCUGUAACAAGUGGUAGCUUCUUCUUGUCUACCUGGGGCCAGUUUCCCCGGAGAGGAAUGGGAAGCGUUCUGGACCCUGCGAUGAGAGCCUACCUGGAGGAGAACACCGAGGUCACUAGCAGUGGCAGCCUCACUCCUGAAAUCCGGUUGCGGCUUUUGACCCCCAGAUGCAAGUUCUGGUGGGAGAGAGCUGACCUGUGGCCCCAUGGUGACCCUUACUGGGCGAUCUACUGGCCAGGAGGCCAGGCCCUAUCUAGGUAUCUUUUGGAUAAUCCAGAUGUUGUCAAGGGAAAGUCUGUGUUAGACCUGGGGAGUGGAUGUGGAGCUACAGCAAUUGCUGCUCAGAUGAGUGGGGCAUUGAGGAUCUUGGCCAACGACAUAGACCCUGUUGCAGGAAUGGCUAUCACACUAAACUGUGAACUGAAUCACCUCAGUCCUUUUCCUAUUUUAACCAAAAACAUGCUAAAUCUGAAGCAAGAUCAGUGGGACCUUGUUGUCGUUGGAGAUAUGCUUUAUGACGAAGCCCUGGCCGACAGUCUUCAUGGGUGGCUGAGGAAGUGCGUUCGGACCUUCGGAACUCAAGUACUCAUAGCUCUACCUAUUGUUAAAAUCAUCUGGCAGUGAUUUAAAAGCUACCCAUGCCCAGUACUUUUUCUUCAGAACCAAUUUAAUUGGUCUGCAGUGGAUCCUGAGUGUUGAAAGUUUAAAAGUUCCACUGGUUUAAAUUUAAUGCUCAGGCCUGGCUGAGAACUGUUGACUUUGACAAUGAAGAAAACUGGAACCUCAGGUGAUCAGAGGGAUUCUUUUAGACCGAUACACAACUCAAGUAAGUCGUGCUGCUUUGUAGAUGACUGGCAUUCUCAACACUUCUUCUGAAGGAGAAGCAAGGAGUAAAGCAUCUGUUUUCUGUAGUGUUUUCACUUUACAUAAGUGUUUUGGAAAUGGAGUCUAAUAGCUUUGGCCUUGUAACUUCUCUUAGGUUUAUGUUCUAAUUGCUAAACUAAAUAUACUGCCAGAGAAAGUGUUAUUCCCUGGAUUUUUGAGUAUGUAUAUUGCAGAAUAGUAAUUUCCUAAUGAUGAUGAUUACAAAUAGAUCUAUAUGUCAGAGUGGAAAGGAGGUUCUAUAAAUGACACGUCGUGUAGAAACUGGGCUCCUUUUCCGUGCUCCCCUUCUCUGUAUGGCCCAGUAGUAAAAGCCUGCUGUUAGUGACCAUGGUUCUGCUGCUCACUUAUUUAAAAUAAAGAGUACAAUGUUGUUUCAUGCUUCUAC